GUAUGACGAAAAAAAAGUGACAGCUUUACAGUGUUUUUGUUUACAUUUUUCCCGUGGAGUUUUCUCCAGUUUUUUCACAAUUUUCUUGACUAAAUCUUCAACAACUCCAUCGUCAGCCCAACAAAGAUGAACCUAGAACUCCUUGAAUCUUUUGGGCAAAACUAUCCGGAAGAAUUCGAUGGAUCCCUGGAUUGCAUCUCCCUGGCACUCACAUGCACUUUCAACCGAUACGGAACACUGCUAGCUGUGGGCUGCAAUGAUGGGAGAAUUGUGAUCUGGGACUUUCUGACAAGAGGCAUAGCCAAGAUAAUCUCUGCCCAUGUCCAUCCUGUUUGCAGUUUGAGUUGGUCGAGGAGUGGGCAUAAGCUCCUCUCGGCGUCUACGGACAACAAUGUCUGCAUCUGGGACAUUCUAACGGGCGACUGUGAAUACAAAUUUCGCUUCCCAUCGCCUGUUCUCAAGGUGCAAUUCCAUCCUCGGGAUAACAAUAAAUUUCUCGUGUGUCCCAUGAAAUAUGCCGCUGUCCUCGUGGAGAUUGGUGGUUCACACAAACUUGUACCUUUGGAUCAGGAUGGAGAUCUCAAUAUCAUCGCCACAUUCGAUCGGCGAGGGGAAUUUCUCUUCACGGGAAAUGGCAAAGGAAAAGUUCUGGUCUUCAAGGCUGAUACAAUGGAUAUUGUGGCUACUUUCAAGAUUAUCGUAGGAGCAUCCAGUGUUACAGCCAUCAAAAGCAUAGAGUUCGCCAGGAGAGGAGAUGCUUUCUUGAUAAAUUCAUCUGACCGAAUCAUCCGGAUCUACAAUGCCAAGGAUGUCAUUUCAUGCGGAAAGAAUGGAGAGCCCGAAGCUGUUCAGAAACUACAGGAUUUAGUGAACAAGACAACGUGGAAAAAGUGUUGCUUCUCGGGAGAUGGUGAGUACAUUUGUGCUGGAAGUGCACGCCAGCAUGCUCUAUACGUAUGGGAGAAGUCUGUGGGGAAUCUGGUGAAGAUUCUCCAUGGUACGAAGGGUGAACUCCUGCUGGAUGUUGUUUGGCAUCCUGUUCGUCCAAUAAUUGCCAGUAUCAGUUCUGGCUUAGUGUCCAUUUGGGCGCAGAAUCAGGUGGAAAAUUGGUCAGCUUUUGCGCCGGAUUUUAAGGAAUUGGACGAGAAUGUGGAGUAUGAGGAGCGGGAGUCUGAAUUUGACAUUACGGACGAAGACAAGUCCAUUGACAUGAGCAAUGAGGCAAAAAUGGAUGAAGAGAUUGAGGUGGAUGUCUGCAGAGUCGAACAAAUUGCUGCCUUCUGUAGCUCAGAUGAAGAAUACGAUGACAGCAAUUCCCUCCAAUUUCUGCCAAUGGCACCGGAAGUUGAAGAUCCCGAAGAUGGAUGGAACUCUCAAGACAAUCCCAAUCCCGGAGAGAAUGCUGAGAACUCCGCACCAAAUGGAAAUCAUGUUAAUCGGAAGAAAAAGACCAAAACCUAUGACAUUCACUUGGAACAUUCACCAGCCGACGAACAACAUCCCCUUCUGCAGAACCGUACUAAGGAAAAACAGCCGAUCGCCAUGAAGAAGGGAGGAGCACGAUCCAGAAAAUAGAAUUUUUGUCAAUAAAACACAUUUGAAAUUAA